GCGACUGCCGUCGGGGCUCGGGCAGUGGGCAGUGGGCGCAGGCUCCCCGGUGCCCGCCCCUCCGCUGCGUGGGGGGAGCGCGUGCGGGCGGCCGGGGAGGGGCCGGCAUCGCCGGAGCAAAAUGAGCCUGCUGUCGGCCAUCGACACGAGCGCCGCCUCGGUGUACCAGCCGGCCCAGUUACUCAACUGGGUCUACCUGUCGCUGCAGGACACACACCAGGCUAGCGCCUUCGAUGCCUUCCGGCCCGAGCCACCCGCCGGCGCCGCGCCUCCGGAGCUGGCCUUCGGCAAGGGCCGCCCGGAGCAGCUGGGCUCGCCCCUGCACUCCAGCUAUCUCAACAGCUUCUUCCAGCUGCAGCGCGGAGAGGCGCUGAGCAGCAGUGUGUACAAGAGCGCCUCGCCCUAUGGCUCCCUCAAUAACAUCGCCGACGGCCUCAGCUCCCUCACCGAGCACUUCUCAGACCUGACGCUCACCUCCGAGGCCCGCAAGCCCAGCAAGCGGCCCCCGCCCAACUACCUGUGCCACCUGUGCUUCAACAAAGGACACUACAUCAAGGACUGCCCCCAGGCACGCCCCAAAGGCGAGGGUCUGACGCCUUACCAGGGCAAAAAGCGCUGCUUCGGCGAGUACAAGUGUCCCAAGUGCAAGAGAAAAUGGAUGAGCGGGAACUCCUGGGCCAACAUGGGGCAGGAGUGCAUCAAGUGCCACAUCAACGUGUACCCACACAAGCAGAGACCCCUGGAGAAGCCCGAUGGCCUGGACGUGUCCGAUCAGAGCAAGGAACACCCGCAGCACCUCUGCGAGAAGUGCAAGGUCCUGGGCUACUACUGCCGCCGCGUGCAGUGACGGCCACUCACCCGUGCCCGAGCCACCCUCCUGCCAGCCCCAGGACACGCCGCCUUCCCGUGCUGCUCCAAAUGGUUGCGUGUGCCCCGUACAUGGGGUGUCCUCACAGGCCCAUGGGUCUGGGCAGGGGGCUUUUAGGGUCCUUGUCUCGUGUGUGUUGACAAACAGUGUUACUGACAUUGCUGCCCCCAGGCCACAGAAGGCAGGGUCUCUGGGGCUCUUUACAGGUGGGCCUGGGCUCUCUGUGGAGGGGACGAAGGUGAGCAAAGGUCGGUGCUCAGGACCCCACAAAGCCCUUGGCAUCCCCUGCGGGCUCUCCUCCACUGAGAGUCCCUUUGGGGUGAGCAGCCUUAUAUUGGCCACAAGUGCACUAAAUUUACUGUGAAUCCCAAAGCCUGCAGGGAACCAUCUCCCCAAGACCAGCCAGGCCACCACCUCCUCCAGAACCUUCCAGUUUGCCCUGUGUGAAAAGCCACUCUUGGAAAAAGCCCUAUUUUUCUGCCCUGGUUAAGUCAGCAGUCGUGGCGAGCAGACACCUGCUCCAGCAGCUGCUGGCGAGUGGGCCUCUGUCCACGCUGAGCCCCAAACCAUGACUGCCUCUGAUGUCACUGGCAUUGCACCUGGGUGCUGCACCUCCACCCCGUGGACCCAUCAGGCAGAGAUCAGGGCAGGGGAGGCACUGAACGUUGGACAGUGUUCCAAGACGUGUCCUGGGGCACGUCAGGCAGCACCUUCCCACAGCCCCCACCGGACACUUUUCCCACUGGUUUGGCCUAUUCCCUUCGCUUUGCCUCCCACCCACACGGGAACCGCAACCCGAUCAAGGUUGCAGGCCCAGUGUGGAAGCCACGCUGGCAGGAAGGACACAGGCCUGGCAUUCUGGAGACCUUGGCUCAAGUCCUAGCCCUGCUGCUGAUGUGCUAUGUCACCUUGGGUGAGCAUUUCUCAUCUUCAGGUCUCAGUUUCCCCAUUAGUGAAGUGAGAGAGUGACACUACAGUGCAGAGGGGUUCAUUUCAGUUCUGACGUUCUAGGACUCAGGCUGGCCAGGUGCCAUCUCCUGGAGCAGAGAGCUUUAUUAGAGAGUUUCAUUUGGGAUGAUGGGAGAAACCUCCCACACGUCCCGGGCUCCACACCAUCACCCUCAAUUGCUCACUUAGGAGGUCAGGCUGAGGGAUGCUGGGUCCUCCCAUCGCCCCCGGCAGCCCCAGCCCUGGAUGUUUCGUGCCCCCUGCCAAAAUGGAGAAGGGUACUUCUCCUCGCCACCUAGUCCCCCCAGCCCUCCACAUGGGCAACCCUGAGAUAAGGUCCAGACCCUUUCAUUUGUAAAAUGGGAAUGAUGAUUUCCUACCUCCCGAGGGAGCAGAGAGGCCUCGUGGCAGAGAGACCAGUGUCCUGGCCAGCAGGCAGGAUCGCACGUUCCUCUCUGUCCCUGAUGAGAAGGCCCACCUCUAUUGUCACAGCCUCCUUCCUUUCUGCAGGAGAGGGAGAGAACCAGCUGUCAGGACUGGGUCACUUGAUUUUGCCCCAACAUUAUGCCUCUGUGGGGAAAAAAACUCAGACCACAAAAUGGGCCUGAAAUUCAGUGUUUACCAUGGCUCCAGGAGACCCACUGGUGCCCAGUUGCCUUUUGUUUUCAAACGAAAAUGCUUUGUACAAGUGAGGAGUUACAGUGAAGUGUUAACCAGGGGUCCAGGGAGUGAGCAGAAGCAUCAGAGCGAGAGUAUUUGCAGCCUGAGGGCUGCAGGGUAGAUUUCGGGGGUGGGGGCCCACACUUUCUGAGCACUUAAAAGAAGAUAUGUUUCCUCCAGCCAGAGCCCUCGAGGGCAGAUGCCAGGCGGCAGACUGAGCACCCCUGCCACUGGUGGAGACUGCUGCAUAGGAUCCCAGCCCAGCUGCUCCUGCCCUCUCCAGGGUGUCGAGGUGCGACAGGGUUGGACCUGGACCAAGGCUUCCCUCCCUGAGGAGAAGCUGUUCCUGUCAGUCAUCCUGCCCACUUCUCCAGAGAAUGUUCACAAGGGUGGGCAGUGUGCUCAUCUCCCCUGCGAGGAACAGGCCCCAGUUCUCCCAGGGACCUGGUCCCCCGGGGGCUGUCUGGGCUGCGAAGGUGGGGAAGCCCACACUGGACAGGACCCAGGUUCCAGACCACUGCAGGCCAAGCCUUCCACUCGUGGGCCAAUGGGAGACGGGAUAUCACCCCAAAGUGACCUUCUCAGAGGGCUUGUCCAGCUGGCAGAUUUGUCCCGCCAUCUGUGCAGAGCCAGCCACCUCUGGGGCUGGGCCCUCCGCCUGGGGCCACCCUGCCACACUCCCCCCUUGCACUGUUCUGGUUGAAUUUGGGAGCUCUCUGGUCAGCAAAAGCCACUGCUCUCCAGGCUGGGUGCUGUGGGAAUUAAGUGCUCAGAGGGCGUGGGAGCCCAGGGGACAGGAAAGGAUGGUUUUAGUACGUACAAAAGGGACAAUCGCUUGCAGUUAGCAGAUCUAGUGAUCUAGUUGGGAGAUAAUGAUGUUUACCCCAUAUGAAGUAUUCAAUAGUUCUGCUUGUGAAUUUGUAUUUAUUAUGAGUUAUACUUGACACAGAAUUCCUUUUUUACAAAAAAGAAAAACUAUGUGUGUAUUUUGGGAAAAAAAAUUCAUAGGUGUUAACAUUUCUGCGUGGUUACCGAUUUUCUCACAACACUGAAUUUGGUAGCUUCUCCCGAAAAAUCUUCAUAGUGGUUUUUGUCUGUAUAUAUUUGAGGGCCUUUUUUAAAAAAUAAGAAAAUGAAAAGAAAAAUAUAAUUGCUUGAUUUUUGAGAUUAAAAAAAAAGAGAGAGAGGCAUUUUCGAAACUUCAGAGCUUUCAGGAGGGCAAUAAAUUUCAAACAAAGAUUUCUGGAAAUAUUUUGCAAACCUUCUGGUUGAGCUGCAAGAAAGUAUUUAUAGUGAGAACUUUUCUUUUUCCUGUAAUUGUUUUUUUGGUUUGUUUUGGUUUGGGGUUUUUUUUGUUUGUUUUUUUACUAUGCUUUGGUCUGUAAAAAGUAUGCAACUGAACUACAUUAAGAAGGAAAUAUUGUCUACAUAGAAUAUUAUAUGAAGUUGGUACAUAAUUCUGAAGAGGAAAAAAAAUCAUUGCAAUUCUUUAAGCCAUAUUGUUGUUAUUCUGUGUUGUUUUCCUUGGAUGAAAAUAUCAGUAUUAAGUAGCAGCGUAUUACUCAAGUGUUUAGAGUUAUUAAUAUGUUCUUGUGCUGUAUUUAUACAUAUGUGUAUUUUGGAAAGUAUUGCCUUCUUUGAGGGAAGCUAUUAUUAGAUACAUAGAAGGGAAUGGUGACCCUUGUGCCUCUUCUGCUGAGGAUGACAAACACUGCAUUGCAAUCCGUUCUCUUGCACCUUCUUAUUAUCAUGUUAUCACGGUUUUAUUAAUUUUCUAAGGAGGCAGGGAGUGGGUAAGGGGAAGAGGGAGCAUUUGACCAACCAGCAGCCCCUCUGUGGUCAGCCUGGCCGGAGCCUCAGGUCAGCAAGGGAGAGGGCAGGAGGGGCUCUGCGUGCCCUUCUUGGGGCUGUGCCCUUGGAGCCCUGUCUUGGGGCCGUGCUCCUUGAACUUGGUGUGUCAACCAGAGCCCUUACACUUGCCCGCUAGCAUCUAACAGACUUGAAUCUACUCUGAAUGAAUAUUUAAUCCAACUUCACUACAUUGUAGCCCAGUGCAACAACUAACCCUGAAGUGUGGGGUGAUCGGCCUUCAGCGAGGUGGCCGAGCAGUCACCCAGGGGCUGGUGGCAGCGGGCCUCAUGGCUCUCCAAUGCCAGCCUCCCCGGUUGACCUCUUCUGCCCCCAUGUGGUGACCCUAUCCCUGUCUGUACCUGCUAAUACUUGUGUGUCCAAGCUAAAAGACAAACAGAGCCCGUGGGCCCAGCUCGGAGGGUGUGUGGAGAAGGCUCCCGACUGCGCUGAGGGGCGCCCUCGGGGUGGCAUUCCGUCGUGUGCCUUAUUCCUGGAGAAUCUGUACACAGCUUGCCUGUAGAAACGUAGCCUUUUCAUGCUGUAUUAAAAGGACUUU